ACUUUUUUCUCCCUGUUUUUUUCCCCUUUUUUUACAUAUAUUUAAUUUUUUUUCUUUAUUUAUUUAUAUUUUUGGAAAAGCAUCGUGGAUAUCCAAUCAUCAAAAUGGUUAUCAAAUAUUACAUCAUGACAUCACGAGCUCUAUAGUACCUAUAUAUAUAUAUCACACUCUCUCAAGUUCUCAAUCCAACACAAUAGAAAAUAAGCCAUGGCUUCAUAUUCUCAAGCUACAAUUAUUUCCAUUUCAGUUAUUCUUAUUUUGGGUAUUUGGAGUAGUAGUAGUGCAGCUGGGCGUGAGCCAUUCGCUUGUGACCCAAAAGAUAAAACGACAGCAAAUUUAGCGUUUUGCAAAGUGUCGUUGCCAACAAAAGAGAGAGUGAAGGACCUGAUCGGACGGCUGACAUUGCCAGAGAAGGUUAGGCUGCUGGUGAACAAUGCAGCGGCAGUGCCUCGUUUAGGUAUAAAAGGGUACGAGUGGUGGUCGGAGGCUCUUCACGGCGUCUCCAAUGUGGGACCCGGUACUAAGUUCGGUGGGCCCUUUCCUGGCGCCACUAGCUUCCCUCAAGUCAUCACCACCGCUGCUUCUUUCAAUUCUUCUCUAUGGGAAGCCAUCGGACGGGUUGUGUCAGAUGAGGCCAGGGCCAUGUAUAAUGGGGGUGUAGCUGGGCUCACCUACUGGAGCCCAAAUGUAAAUAUACUGAGGGACCCAAGGUGGGGCCGUGGACAGGAGACUCCCGGUGAAGAUCCGGUUGUCGUUGGAAAAUACGCUGCCAGCUAUGUUAAGGGAUUACAGGGAAACGACGGUGACCGGUUAAAGGUUGCAGCUUGUUGCAAGCAUUUCACAGCUUAUGACCUUGAUAAUUGGAAUGGGGUCGAUAGAUUUCACUUCAACGCUAAGGUUAGCAAACAAGACAUAGUGGACACAUUUGACGUGCCGUUUAGAAUGUGUGUGAAGGAAGGUAGAGUGGCAAGUGUCAUGUGCUCCUACAAUCAGGUCAAUGGUGUCCCUACCUGCGCCGACCCUAAUCUUCUUAAGAACACUGUCCGUGCCCAAUGGGGUCUUGAUGGGUAUAUUGUCUCCGAUUGUGACUCUGUUGGAGUUUUCUAUGAUACUCAACAUUACACCUCCACACCCGAAGAAGCGGCUGCUGAUGCUAUUAAAGCAGGUUUGGAUUUGGAUUGUGGACCUUUUCUGGCUGUUCACUCAGAAAAUGCAGUGAAGAAAGGGCUUUUGAGCGAAGCUGAUGUGAGUAAUGCAUUGACUAAUACACUCAAUGUCCAAAUGAGACUGGGUAUGUUUGAUGGAGAGCCUUCUGCCCACCCGUAUGGGAAAUUGGGCCCAAACAAUGUAUGUACUCCGGCCCAUCAAGAGCUAGCCCAUGAAGCAGCCAUUCAAGGAAUUGUACUUCUCAAGAACCAAGGCCCUUCACUACCUUUGUCUACCCGCCGCCACCACUCCGUUGCCGUCAUUGGGCCUAAUUCCGAUGUAAACGUCACCAUGAUAGGCAACUAUGCUGGUGUGGCAUGUGGAUACACAACUCCACUCGAAGGAAUAGAAAAAUACACAAAAGCAAUACACCAGCAGGGUUGUUCAGACGUGGCUUGCACUGGAGACAAGUCAUUCAACGCAGCCAUCGACGCAGCCCGUCAGGCCGAUGCAACUGUUUUGAUAAUGGGCCUUGACCAGUCCAUCGAAGCUGAGUUCAAAGACCGGGCCGGCCUACUUCUACCUGGGCUCCAACAAGAGCUAGUAACAAAAGUUGCAGCUGCUUCCAAAGGCCCAAUUAUAUUGGUUAUCAUGUCUGGAGGCCCAAUUGAUGUGUCGUUCGCCAAAAACGACCGUCGGAUCGGUGCCAUUUUAUGGGUCGGUUAUCCAGGUCAAGCAGGUGGAGCAGCCAUUGCUGAUAUCUUGUUUGGAAAGAGCAACCCAGGUGGAAAGCUUCCAAUGACAUGGUAUCCAGAAGAGUACUUAGCAAACUUGCCAAUGACGACAAUGGACAUGAGAUCAACCCCAUCAAAGAACUACCCGGGAAGAACAUACCGAUUCUACAACGGCCCAGUCGUAUACCCAUUUGGCUACGGCCUCAGCUACACCAAAUUCCAACACACCAUAGCCAGUGCACCCGCUGUCUUCUCAGUCCCAGUCCACGGCCACCGCAAAGCCCAAAACGUCACCGUUUUUGACAAGGCCAUUCGGGUCACCCACACUCGAUGCAAUAAGCUCUCUCUGAGAGUUCAUGUCGAUGUUAAGAACGUUGGCUCCAGAGAUGGCUCCCACACACUCUUGGUCUUCUCCUCCCCACCCGGUGGGCGUGGCAACUGGGCUCCACACAAACAGUUGGUCGCCUUUCAGAAGGUUCGGGUCGGAACCGGGUCGACUCAACGGGUGCGGUUCAAUAUCCAUGUUUGUAAGUACUUGAGUGUGGUCGAUAGGUCUGGGAUUCGAAGAAUCCCAAUGGGAGAGCAUAGUCUCCAUAUUGGUAAUCUUAGACACUCUUUUUCAUUGCAAGCAGCUACGUUGGGAGUGAUUAAGUCUUAAUUCAUUUUUAUUUUUUUGGAUAAAAUUAUGGAUAGUAGAAAUUAAGCAAAUAAAAAUUUAGAUGGCAUAAAAAGUUAGGUUCCGUAUUUCAAGUGGUACUGAUUGAAUGAUUAAACGAAGUUCAUCAUCAAGAUGAAACUUCAACCAAGAUUAUUGGAGGAGGUUUUGAUUUGAUUCAAUGAAGAAAUGGAGGAAUGAAGAUUAUGAUCAAUAUGCUAAAUCUUAAGUUCCUCUUCUUUUUUGUAAUUCUAAUUCUUUUAUUCUUAAUUUGUUGGCGAAUUGCAAUUAUUAUAUACAGUAUAAUUUUGUAAGCUUGUGUUCCAAAGGAGCUAGCUUUGGAUUUCUUAUAUGGAUGAAAAGUGUAUGGACAUGUAUUAAAUAAUUCAUUUGAUUUGACUUUCUGAAAUAGAAUUUAUUUUAUAUUAAA